AUGGCCAUAAUAGCCAUAAUGCCUGCCGAACUGGGCCCAGCUUCUCGCGGUCCGGUUGCCGUGAAGGCCGCUGACGGGGGAUUCGUCGCAGCAGCGGCAGUCGCGGCGGAUUUGGCAGUGGGGAAGAGCGCGAAAGCAGCGGAGUUCGAGCGGACGCCGGGAUGUCGGCGCUACGUGUACCACGUGGAAGGGGGAGGACAGGUGACGGCAUACGUGGUGGAGCGCAACGGGUGUUUCGACGUGCUGCUGGACGUGGCUGCUGCCCACAUGCAGUGCCGCCACGACCUGCCUCUCUGCAUCCACUGGGGCAUAUUCCGCUCGGAUCGCUCCACGUGGUUCCUUCUGAACGACUCCCAGACUCCGCCGGGCACCGUGUUCCUGCGAGGAAAGACCGACGCCAUGCGCACGGUGCUGCAGGACGACCCCACGCCCGGGCACCGCUCGCUGGUGCUCUCGUUUGACGCGGAGCUCGCCCCCUUCUCCCUCAACCUCGUGCUCUUCCAGCCGCUCGCUGGCGUGACCGGCAGCGGCAUCGGAGACAAGUCCCUCGAAGGGCUCUGGCUCAGGAACUCGCGGCAGAUGGAUCUGUGUGUGCCCAUCGGCAUGGGGCGCGGCAGUGCCAGCCCGCUGGGAGCCACGCCCAACGCGGACGGGUCGGUGAACUUCGCCCUCUACUCGCGAUAUGCGGAGGGCGUUGUGCUUUGCCUCUACCUGCCUGACGACGCCGAGCCCACGCUGGAGAUCGAUCUCGAGCCGUCCAUCCAUCGCACGGGGGAUGUGUGGCACGUCAGCAUUGACGCUGCUGACGUCAGCAGCUUCACUCGCUACGGGUACCGGGUGCAGGGCGACCCUGACUGGGAGGGAGGCAACCGUUUCCAUUCCCGCCUCGUGCUCAUGGACCCCUAUGCCAAGGAGAUGGCUGCUCACGUGCCCGGCCAAGAGGACCUGCCAUCGCCAGCAGCGGCGUUGGCUGUCAUCCCCACCAUGCAAGAGCCGCCCUUCGACUGGCAGGACGACUUCCCCCCCAACAUCCCAUCGGAGCAGCUGGUAGUGUACCGCCUCAACGUGGCAGCCUUCACGGCAGACGACAGCAGCGGGGUGAGCGAGGCGGGGCGAGGCACGUUCCAGGGCGUGCUGGAGAAGGUCGACCACCUGCUGGCGCUGGGAGUGAAUGCGGUGCUGCUUCAACCAAUCGCAGCGUUCGACGAGACUCAAGGACCCUACUUCCCUAUCAAUUUCUUCUCCCCCAUGCCCUCCUAUGGGCCGAACGAGUCCCUCAAGCUACUGGUGCGAGAGCUGCACGCAAGGGGAAUGGAGGUGCACAUGGAGGUGGUGGUGAGCCACACGGCGGAGGGCAGCGAUGAGAGCCCCAAGCCCAUCUCCUUCCGUGGCAUUGACAACCGCGCCUACUACAUCAAUGAUCCCUAUGGCAAGCAGGUGGUGCCGGAGUACGGAUCGCCCAACGCCUUCAACUGCAACAGCCCUGUGGCACUCAACCUCAUAACCGACGCGCUGCACCACUGGGUGGAGGAGUACCACGUGGAUGGCUUCUCCUUCAUCAACGCCUCGGCUCUCACCACGGGGCCGCACGCGCAGCCGCUCUCCCGCCCGCCCCUCGUGGAGGCUCUGGCCUUUGACCCGCUGCUGGCAGCAGUGAAGCUCGUGGCCGAUGCCGCCAUGCCGCUGCUCUCUGCUCAAAAGGCCUUUGCAUUCCCACACUGGAAGCGGUGGCAGGAGAUGAACAGUGCGUUCUGCUUCGACAUCCGCAGAUUUGUUUCCGGGCAGCCCGGUCAGAUCAGCGGGCUGGCAACCCGGCUGUGUGGCAGUGGCGACCUCUUCUCCUCAGGCCGUGGCCCAGCCUUCGCCUUCAACUACAUCACUACGUUCCAGGGGCUCACCCUGGCGGACCUGGUCAGCUACAGCAUGGAUUCAGAGGCCAGCUGGAAUUGCGGUGUGGAGGGCGUGAGCGCGGAUGCGGCGGUGAUGAGGACACGGCUGAAACAGGUGCGCAACCACCUGGCAGUGCUCUUCCUCUCGCUGGGCGUGCCGGUGCUGACAGCUGGCGACGAGUACGGCCACUCCAAGGACGCACAGCUGGGAGCAGAUUACUCCGACUCCCCCUUUCUCUGGAGCGCCCUGCGCACGGACCUGGGAGUGCAGCUCACUCGCUUCAUCGCCUCUCUUGCCAACUUCCGCCGCCGCCGCACGCUGCUGCUGCAGCGCAAGGACUUCUAUUUCGGGGAGGACAUUGUGUGGCACGGCGCCUUUCCCAACCAGCCGGAAUGGGACAACCCCAACUGCUGCUUCCUGGCCUGCACCGUCCACAGUGCCGGCAUCGAGUCCUCAGCCAAGGAGGCGGCAGAGGAGGCAGGAGUGCCGAUUACCACUGCGGCUCCGGCUGUAGCACCCAGCAUGCCGGUCGGCGAUCUCUAUUUCGCCUUCAACGCCCAUGCAAACGAGAUGAUUGUGGAGCUGCCUGCCCCGCCUGUUGGCAUGAUGUGGCACCUUGUGCUGGACACGGCUAAGGACUAUCCGGCUGACGCCACAGAGCUGCCGGCCCAAGGCAUGCCUCCAUCCAUCGCUGGAAGAGUGUCUUCCCCAUACUACAUGGAGGCAUUUUCUGUGAUCGCGUUGGAAGCUCGGGGUCCGCCUUCCCUCGCCCCUCGCAUUUAA